UCUAUUUUAAUUUCUCCAUUCAUUACCCCCUUCUUCUUCCUCUACUUCUUCUCCAUCACCUCAUCAUGUCGGCGUGCAAACUGCUCUCUCUUUCUCUCCCCUUCUCUCUGCUUUGAUGACUCGUUGCCAUGAUUUUUUUUUCCUGAGGGAACCCGUCCCUUUUCUUUUGUGAUUGCCCAAAAUAGUAUAUGCCCAUGAAAAACCCAGUUCUAUUCCCUUGAUUUUUGUACUAAUCCUUGCAUAUUUGGUGGUUUUUUUUGUACCCAUUAGGAUUUUGGGUGAGAUUCCAUCUCUUAGUUUGAAGAUUUCUCUGCGGAAGCUCUGGUUUCCUGCAAAAUCCAAUUACAGUUCCCUGGGCUAUGUUUAGAAAACCCUGAAAAAAGUUUUGAGUUUUUUCAUUUUUUGUUUGCCCAUUUGGUUUCCAACUCAUAAGAGAGGGGCUUGGGAGAGAGACCCAUCUCUCUUUGAGGGGUUCUGGGCAAAACCCAGCUUCCAUUUUGCCUGCCGGAUUUUCUGUUGAAAGCCCUAUCAAACCUUGUGAUGUUGAGGGCAUUUGGUUGUCUGUAGGUUUUAUUUGAGUUGGGUUUCUAAGGGUUCUAUUUUUUUUGGAACUCAUCAACAUGUCAGAAAACUUGCCUGAUUUUGUGGAGUGGAGGGAGCAAUACAUAAAUCAAGAGAGAGGGAGCCGUUUGGUUCAUUACUACCUUGAGGACUCCUCAGGGGAGUCCUAUCUUGCUGUUGUUGGAACUGAGAGGAGCCUGAGACACAUGCUUUAUGUGGCUUCGGAGGAGUUCUCCCAGGCCUACGGCCUCGAUAAGUCUGGGGUUUUGCCCCUUAAGUGGAGAUCGAGGAGAGAGGUCAUUGAUUGGCUCACUUCGUUUAUUCCGGGGAGGAUGAGCUCCCGAAAUUAUUUCAAGUCACCAUUAAGGCACUCUCUGGGGUCUGGCAUGUCUUUUGAUGGAGUAAGUGAUACUGGAAGCUAUCAACAUAGGCAAAUGGGAUUUUGUGGAAGUUUGUAUGGUCAAAGCCUGGACAUUGUGUGGACUGGUAUUUCAUGGACUUGUGGCAAGCAGCUCAGGCACUACCAAGCUUUUUCUCGUAAUGGGAUCACUAUUGGUACCCAUUCUUUUGUUCUUGUAAUGUCUGAAGGGGAGAAUCGCUAUCUUGCUUAUUUGGAAGAUAUGUAUGAAGACAAGAAAGGGCAGAAGAAGGUUAAAGUGCGCUGGUUUCAUCAAAAUCAGGAAUUUGCUUGUAAAAUACCCCGACCAACUCCACAUCCAUGUGAAGUCUUCAUCACGCCGUACUCUCAAGUCAUCAGUGCUGAGUGUGUGGAUGAUAUUGCUACUGUUCUAACACCUGAUCACUAUGAGAAAUGCUUGGCGACAUUCCCUACUCCUCUUGCAAGCAGAAUUCGAUUUUGCUUUCGACAGUACAGUAAAAAUAAAUUCAAACUCUUUGACCUCAGAACUUUGCGGGGAUAUUUUAAUCAGGUAGUUCUUUCAUGCAUAGACAUAUGCAGUGCAUCGGGGGAUGAGGACGAGUUUGGUCAUGAGAGCACCAUAAAGCGAGGAAGUUCCAAAAGGAUUAGAUUUGUCAAGGGUGCACAGAAAAGUUAUCUCACUCACCGUCUUGGUGUUACGGCAUUGGGUCAUGCGAACCACAUUAGCAAUUGCAAGAUGGUCUAUCAGAACUCAAGCUAUGACUUAAGCAUCAGGAGACCUCUUUCAGUAAAAUUUAUAGGACCCCAGAAUUAUGUGGGACUACCUUUCAAUAUUGAUGAUAAGGUUGAGUUACUUUGUCAAGACAGCGGCAUCAGAGGCUGCUGGUUCAAGUGUACAGUUUCACAAUUGUCGCAAAAGAGGCUGAAGGUUCGGUACGAUGAUGUGCGGGAUGAGGAUGGUUGUGGAAAUUUAGAGGAAUGGGUUCUUGCCUUGAGAAAGGCAGCUCCUGAUAAGCUGGGUAUGAGAUGUUCAGGACGCCUCAAUAUUCGACCAUCUCCCUCAAUUGAUUGUCUUCUGGAAAAUGCUGCUUUGGAGAUUGGAACCCCUGUGGAUGCUUGGUGGAGUGAUGGGUGGUGGGAAGGCGUUGUAACUGGAGUAGAGAGCUCUGGAGAUGACAGUGUACAAGUCUAUUUUCCAGGUGAAGAUAUCUUCCUGAUAUGCCAAAGGAGAAGCUUGAGAAUUUCUAGAGACUGGCUGGGGAACCAGUGGGUUGAAAUCCAAGCUAAGCCAGAUAUACUAUCAGUACUAUCUCUGGUUGAUGCCCAGGCAAAGCUAACUUCAUGUUCAGUCCUCGCCAAGGGUGCAGAAUCUGGAAGCUCGGUAAUGUCAGACCGUGGACCGAUGACUACGCAAACCAAUUCAAACAGUGAAGAUAGGCAAAUAGAGGCUAGCUUGAAUGAGAGUGAUGAUGAUUUGCUAGGGAACGCGAUUCAAGGGGUCGAUACUAAAGAUAGGUUAGAUAGCGCACCAGCGAUAACUGAUACAAUUAUCGGCAAGGAGACGGAAUCUGAGAGCCCUGGUAUGCCCAAGUGUGAAGCAAUUGCUGUUUUAGACAAUUCGAAAGGCGAAGAUGAGCAAACGGAGGCUAGCUUGACCGAGAGGAAUGCUGAUGCUUUGGUGGAAAAUGCCGAGCAGUUGAACCCAAGGAAGCGGCGCAAGGAUGAAGAUAGUGACGAAAAUCAAGAUUCUGAGAUUGGUAUUGAUGGCGCUAGUAGCAGAGGGUGACGGGCUUUCAAUUUUCGCCCUCUCUAUUUGUAAAUAGUACUAAUAUAUAUGAGUGUCUUAUAGGGGCAUGAAUGUCAAGUUGGGACCAAUUAGUUGUAUUUUGGAUUCAUAAAAAAGAAGUUUUAUUUUGGUUUGGGGAUUUUUGGAGGUGUAGAGAAACCAAGGCUGAGGAGGUGCUUCGGUAUCUAGUUUAGGUUUUGGCCCCUCAGUAUUAAGUAUUGGUUGUGUAAAUGAGGGCGCUCUCCUUCAUAUUAUUAUUUCCCCCUUGUUGCUUGUUGAUGUUGGACCAAGCCCUGCAGGUUCUUAUAUAAUUUGUAACGAGAGAGAAUAUUAUCAAUGUUAGUGCCAGGUUUAUAUAGAA